AUGCGACUUGCAGACACAGAGCUCGCUUUAUAUGAAGCGCUUGCAACUUUACGCGCAAUGAACGGUCCAUCACUCAUUCGAGCUUCACGGAAGGCAGACAUAUCACCGAAACCGAAGGCUGCACGAGUGGAAGAAUGGACGCAACUUCCUUUGCGUGAACCAUCUGAUUUGAAGCGCUGGCUGGAGGCGAAGAAUGACCAGUUCAUGAUAAAGAAUGUCAUUAGCGAUGCGCAGCGGACAAUGCCUCUUGAUGCAAUUCAAUCCCCAAAUAGUGCAACACAGCGUCGCACUUCUCAGGCUUCCAAUAGGUCUGGAAUGCUGAUCGGGACAGAUUCACCGGACAACGCUCGAUCAGAUCGAGAGCUAACAGCGUCCAGAAUGCAAACCAGUCAUCAGAUGAGCAGAAACGAAGAUACUUCGCCAGCGACUCCUAGUAGGAGCCCCUGGGGUGAGGCAUCAAGAGAUGGGCUUCCGGAACAGGUUCAGGGGUCUUCGGGCGAAUCGAUGGUGCCUGAGGAUAACCGAAUGGGCAAGGCGACACAAUUAUCGAAGAGGCACCCGGCCAUAUAUUUCUAG